GUUGUUUGUUGUUUUUUUUAAUUUGUGGCAUGUGUUGAUGUUUGAAAAUUCUUGUUUGUUUUUCUUUGAUCAAAACCAUGGAUCUAAUAACCGAUAACAAAUCAUCGAUAGCUCAUAAUCUUGAUGCUAAAAUAUGGCGAUCCCAGGAUGUCGAUCUAUCGACAUACAGUGAACAGACUUUGAAUAUGAUCGAAAUUCGUACACCAUCAAAUAAUACGAAUUUUGUAUUGAAAAAUUCCACCAAGAAUACGACGUUUUCAUUGAUGAAAAUUCAUAACAGUAUUGUUAAUGAUCUCAAACGAUGUGGUUUUGUAUGGCCUUCACCGAUUCAAUCAACUUGCAUACCGAUUGCAAGACUUGGUAUUGAUUUGAUUGCUCAAUCUAAAUCUGGUACCGGCAAAACAAUCGUCUUUGUUGUAUGUGCAUUAGAAAUGGUUCGUCAAGAUCUUCAGAACGAAAUUCCAUGCCCAAAAGUAUUGAUUUUAGCUCCCACACGCGAAAUUGCCGUUCAAAUCGGUGAUCUAAUUAAUUCGAUAACAAUGAAAUGGAAAAAUUUUUCCUGUUACAAAGCAAUCGGCGGAACAAAAGUUAGUGAUGAUGUUGAACAAUUAUAUCAUUCACAAAUUGUUGUCGGCACACCUGGUAGAAUUGUAUGUCUACUUGAAAUGAAUUUUCUCAAGCCACAUUCGAUACGAUUGUUUGUUCUAGAUGAAUGUGAUAAAUUAAUGGAAGAAAAUUUUAAAAUUCAAAUUGAUAAAAUUUAUAAUCGUUUACCAAUUAACAAACAAAUGAUUGUCACAUCGGCAACUUUGUCUACUGAAAUGACUGAAUAUUUAUCCAAAUAUAUGCGCGAUCCAGCAUCUAUACGAAUGAAUGCCGAUAAACCUUCAUUGAUUGGUGUUGCACAGUACACAUUAAUGAUUGAUGGCCAUUGUUUGGAUUAUAUGAAUUUUGAAUCCAAAAUCAAUCCAUUACUUGAACUAUUGAAUACCAUUCGAUUCAAUCAAUGUUUUGUAUUUCUUAAUUAUCAAACACGUGUCAAAUAUCUUUAUGAACGUUUAAAUAAUGAAGGCUUGUCAGUCAUCCACAUUACUGGUGAUAUGUCCCAAAAAGAACGACUACAAACAAUCGAAAUGUUUCGAUCACAACGUUUUAAGAUAUUCAUUUCAACGGAUCUAACAUCACGUGGUAUCGAUAUUGAAUCAGUCAAUCUUGUUAUCAAUGUUGAUUUACCUAUCAAUUGUGAAACAUAUUUACAUCGAAUUGGACGUGCCGGAAGAUAUGGUUCAUCCGGUUUAGCCAUCACUAUUGUUGGUCGGGAUAGUAAUGAAUAUGGAAAAUUUGCCACAAUAUUAUCUCAAUAUAAUUUAGAAACAAAACGACUACAUUUACCUCUAUCAAUUGAUCUUUGGGAUAAUUUCCGCCGCGAUAAUGUCCAUUCUUCUAAUGGCCUUCAUUGCUCAUCAACAACAACAUUAAAAGUGAGUCCAUUAUUCAAACAAUUGCAAUGUACGUAUGAAAAACUUUUAAAAGAGCCAGAAUUAAUUGUCCAUUGUGAGUUCAAAUCUUCAAAUAACCAUAUCGAGAAGAAAUCUCGAAAACCUUUGUCUCAGAUUUUAGAACAACUCAAUAUUCAAAAAGAAAAACAUUUAUUAUCUAAAGAAAUUAAUUCAACAACCAUUAACAAAAUGAACAAUCCCAAAUCAAUUGGAAGCGAUAAAUCUGAAUCGACAAUGAUUAAAUCAUCAUCAAGGACAUCAUUAUCAAACAAACACGAUCAAACUACACCUGAAUCAUUUGCAAAUCAAAACAUUAGCAAUGACGAAAAUAUCUCCAUCGAAGAAAAAAAUGUCAAUCAUUUAAAUCGCAAAUGUUCAACAAGUAGCGACGAUGAUAAACAUUCAUUCAAGAUCACUUCAUCAGCUGAUGAACAGCAACAUGGACAGCAACAAGAACUUCGAAAAAUUUUCCAUCAAACUUUUCUUAAUCCAACGACGAUAAUCAAUCCGCUUAAUUCAACAAAUCAUUAUUAUGAAAAUCAAAGCCAUCAUUAUCAAAUGAAUUAUAUCUGUCAUUAUUUAUUGAAUGGAGGAAGAUUUAACUGAUUCGUUUUGAUUCAUGAUUUCAGAUAAAAUCCAUCUAAUUUAUUUGAUCAUCAUCCUAUUAAUAAAAAUGUUUAUUAUUCAUUUGAACAAUUCAUCUUUGGCUCUUUUUUAUUUUUUUGCAAGUCAAUUACACAGACAAACACAAUUGUAAAUGAUUGAAAAAUCAAAAUCAAAAAUCACUAUUGUUCAAUUGCAUCAUUCGAUUCCUCUCCCCUCUACUCAU